AUGCCCGCCGAUGGUGUUGUGGAGUUCAGGAAUACUGGGUUGGAGAGAUCAGAGCCACUGAAGAAAGAUCUAGAAUGGUUCAUGGAACAGGGCCACACCAUUCCAGAACCAUCUGCCGCUGGUACUGCAUGUGCCUCCUACCUGGAAGAGUUGUGUGAGAAGGACCCCCAAGCAUUUAUCUGUCACUUCUAUAAUGUGUACUUUGCUCAUACUGCUGGAGGGCGAAUGAUUGGCAAAAAGGUUGUUGAGAAGAUUCUGAACAAGAAAGAGCUGGAGUUCUACAAGUGGGAAAGUACCAUGUGCCAGCUGCUGUAG